AUGUCAUUACUACUAGCAUUGCUGCUGUUGAUGUGCAACCAAGCAAGUUCUUCACCUUCAAUUCCAAUAACAGGAGAUGGAAAAGUUCUCCGAUCACUCGCCGGACAGCUACCGAGUCAACAAACAAAUAUUUUCGCUUCCUGGAAUGACUCUUCGAGUCAUUGCAGAUGGCCGGGAGUGUUUUGCGGUGGUCAUAAACAUCCUGAUAGAGUCAUCGGAUUGGAACUCGACUCACUGGGACUAACCGGGUCGAUACCGCCAUCGACAGCGAACCUCACAUUCCUUCGGUAUCUCAAUUUUGCUGAUAACCGGCUUCACGGUGACAUCCCAGUCGGCCUUUGCUGUCUUGCUCGGCUUCGGCAUCUCAAUCUAAGCAAGAAUUCUCUCCAAGGUAACAUACCUACACAAAUUGGCAACCUUAAGAACCUCAAGUCUAUGGUUCUUAGUGACAAUAGUCUCACAGGAAGUAUACCAUCUUCAGUAUGGAACCUUUCAUCUCUCACUGUGUUGUCUUUGUCUGAUAACCAGCUAAACUCAACUCUUCCUAUGAACAUAGGUUUUCUUCUUCGUAAUCUUCAAAUAAUAUUGCUCAACAAUAACCAGUUUACCGGACCAAUACCUUCGUCGCUUUCGAAUGCUUCUAGGCUAGAACAAGUUCAACUCACCAAAAAUGAAUUUACUGGUAGGAUUCCUGAGAGUUUAGGAAGUUUAUCAAGCCUGCAAUGCCUUCACCUUGGAAUGAACUUCUUAGAGGCUAAGAAUAGCAAUGACUGGAAGUUCAUUGAUGCCUUAGCUAAUAGCACAAAUUUGGAAAGGUUGGAUAUCAGUUACAACAGACUUGGAGGAGUUCUUCCAAGCUCUGUUGGAAACCUCUCCAAAGAAUUUCAAUGGCUGGAUUUAAGGUAUAAUCAAAUAUCUGGAAGAAUACCUGAAGAGAUUGCAGGCCUUGGUGGUUUAGUAGGAUUGUUUAUGCAAGGGAACCAGUUUUAUGGUCCUAUACCAAACUCAUUAGGAAUGCUUCAUAGUUUGCAAGGUCUAGUAUUGGAGGAUAACUACCUGAAUGGUGAAAUCCCGGCCUCUUUCGCUAACCUUACCAGCUUGAUCAGACUCUUUCUAGGAAACAAUGAACUCAAUGGAAGUAUACCUUCAAUCUUAGGACAAUGCCAACACCUUGAAUUCCUUAGUUUGGAGGAGAAUAAGUUCACUGGUAGAGUACCCAUAGAGAUCUUCACCAUCACUUCACUGUCUGUAGGACUCUUGUUGUUUGGUAACUCAUUGACAGGACCAUUGCCAUUAGAUGUUGGAAGCCUGAAGGCUUUAAAAACUUUUGAUGUUUCGAAUAAUAAUUUAUCCGGUGAACUUCCUAAAACUCUUGGUGAUUGCUUGAGUUUAGAGUUUCUGAACCUUAGUGGUAACUCAUUCCAUGGAUCCAUCCCUUCAACUUUAGAGGAAUUGAAAGGUAUUCAAAACCUUGAUCUUUCUCGAAACUCCUUCUCCGGAAACAUACCCAAGUUCUUGGAGGAGUUGCAGUACUUGUAUUAUUUGAAUCUCUCUUUCAAUAGCUUCUCAGGAGAAGUCCCAAUGAAUGGAGUCUUUGCUAAUGAGAGCGGGAUCUCAUUGCUUGGAAACAAUCAACUCUGUGGUGGAAACAGAGUGUUGAAGCUACCACCAUGUUCUCAUUCCAAGAACAAAAGAUUACAAGUGCUUAUUCCAACAGUAGUCACAGCAUUCAUAUGUUUGGUUAUCUUAGUACUUUGUUUGCUGAAGCUGAAGAAGAAAAUCGACAAAGAAUAA